UCAAGAAAGAAAUUGUUGUCAUAUCUAAAGGUUCUGCUGAGAUCCAAAUGUCAUUCUCAGAGGUAUGUGUCAAAGCUUAUGGAGAUUACUGUAUGAGCUAAAGACAUGAAAGAGCCCUUACUGACCAGCAGUAAUAUGCAUCCAAGUGUCUUUUGGUGCUUGUGUCACUGAAAUUUUUCUACCCCAGUUUCAUGGAAGGUGAAUCGUACUUAAAGUCUGAACUCCUCUGAAAAUUAUACAGCUGUGUAAACUUUUUUGAUUGUUUAAUCUCAAUUAAAUAGAAUCAGCAAUCAGUGAGGCAUAAAUUUAUUAAUUAUUAUGUUAUUUUUUGGAUUUCUUAUUUUCUUUGCCCCCAUGAGGAGAUGAAUUCAUUGGGACAAGAUCAUUGUUUUAGAACACCAAUGAUUAUCUUACUGUAUGUGCACCAUAGCUCAUGAUGAUAUUUCUUUCUGUUGCCAGUGGGAGCCAAGACAUUCCACACAAAGACAAAGGACAACACAGUGAAUCCAAUAUGGAAUGAAGUGUUUGAGGUAAGGAUUUUGGUGAGUUUGUGGUUCCUUGUCCAUACUUCAAACAUGGGAUAUUUCAUUUCUGAUUGUUUUGUUUCUGAUUGUUUAUGUGAAGGCCUUUGCAGAAAACUCACAUGGUCAGAAAAUAUAAAUUGGUGUCUUUGAUGAAGACUAAGUAUCUGAUGAUGAAUCUCUUGGAACAUACAGUAAGUAAUCAUCCAAGUAUGAAUUAGUAUAAAAGCAACUCAUAUCUCCAGUUUUUACAUGUAUGUGACUGUUUUGAUGUUGACAAAUGAUGUUUUAUCUCCUUAGUGUUGAGGCUGACAUUAGUACAAUUAUUGUCCAACAAGGCAAUGUUGAAUGGGUAAGUUGUAAAUCUUUUGCUAACUAAAGAGUUGUAUGUCAUAUUCAACAACUGGUGUUAGGAACCUUUUUUAACACUAUGUGAUUUGAUAUAGCAUCUAUAGCAAUUUUUAAUUGAUUGUCAAAUUAAAGUAAUCCAAGGACUGCACUGGGUUUACUUCUUGUGGUCCGUGAUUGGUCUUGAAAACAUGUGCUACCCUCUGAGCCAAACACAUGCAAAGAGAUAAAACUUAUAGAGAUUUGAUCAGUGACACUUUCCUCUACUUUGGGUACUUUACCCGUUUUUUCUUUAAACUGAGUUUACAUUCACAGGUUCAUUUUAAUAAUUCUCCCUGUGUCCUGAUUGGCCAUUGUGAUGAAUUAUUGGUUUAAACACUCAGAUUAAAACUCCUAGAAGUGAUUACCAUGUAACUUCUCUCUAUAGUUAAUCCAUACAUUAUACAGCAAACAGGUAAUGAGAACACUCAAACUCAUCAGGUACAAUUUACAGUAUUACCUUGAUUGAAACCUAAUUCUCAUAAUCAGUUUACAAGGAAAUGUGUAGCAGCCAGAGGGGAGAAUUGAUGAUCAGAUCUUGAGAGUUAAAGGGUUAUUUAAUUCAUUCAGUUUAUUCUAACCUGUAAUUAUGUAAUUUUUGAAUACAGUGGCUUCCACCAGAGAAUGCGAAGAGUGGCCAGAUCAACUUGAGAUGCACAUGGUUCACACUGACUGCCAAACCAGAGGAUCUCUCAUCGGUAAGUUCACAGUCAGCCUAACAAAAGGGUUGUUUUCAUUUAUGAGGACAAGUUGAAUAGAAAAACCAAAUCAGUGCAGUGCAGUCAAAGAAUAGUAAAUGGAAAGUAGAAGUUGUGGACCUGUACUUUUGAGAAUGGGUGUGUGAGUUGGUUCCUUCUGUGUGUUUUCAAGGCUCAGAAACAACUUUUCACCAUUUUCUGUCUGUAAUGUUCAGCACGUCUAACAACUUUGGCACACUUUGGAAGUACAGUAGUCAGUGGGAGAACUUGUUUUUUUACUGACUGGCCAUGCUCAAAAAAACAGGACCUGAGUUUAGCAAGAACUGCACCUUGGUCCUUUACAUAUGUAAGCAGGACCGACCAUUUGUUUAGGCAGACCAAGAGGCAAAGAUCUUGACUGUGUAUUAUUUGCUUGUUUAUUGGUUUUGUUUUUUGUGUACAGCCUGACCAAGCCAUUAUUGGUGAGGAAAUGUUAGUGACAGCAGCUCUUUUUGUUAAACUGGACUCAGCCAAGAAUCUUCCCUAGAGUAAGUGUGUGAAUUGGGGUCUCUUCUUUAUUUGAUAGAAAAGAAAAUAAGAAUGCAAAAUCUUUGCUUCUCAAAAUACACUGCAAGACCACACAAAGUGUGAAAGGUCACUGUUGUUAAGUUUUAAUGUAAAUUAUAAUUUUUUUAGGUAACAAAUGCUGCCUGUGGCACCACAAGU